AUGUCGUCCGGCCAGUCCAGGUUUCAGACCUCAACGGUCGAUGUCGCAGGCUACACGCGCAUCAAGCACAUCUACAUCCCCAUGCGCGAUGGCAUCAAGCUAUGCGCGGAUUUAAUCCUUCCAUUUUCUGCAUCGAAGGAUGGCCAGAAAGUCCCCGUAAUCUGCAGCAUGGGACCGUACGGAAAAGAUAUCCAUGCCUCUACGUUUGGGUUGCCCAAGACCCCGAUCUAUGCGGAGAUAUAUAAACAUAUCAGCCCGUUGGGUCCGGAUGCUGUGUUUGAGUUAUGUGAGCCUACGAUCUGGUGCCGAGACUACGGCUACGCUCUUCUUCGCGUCGACACGCGCGGUAUCGGAGGGAGUGAAGGAAGACUUGACCCGUUCGGUCUUGAGCGAUCUGUCAUUCUUGAUGCGGAUGCAGAAGGACAAGACCUCUACGACAUAACCGAAUGGGCCGGCACGCAACCCUGGUGCACUGGCAAAGUCGCCUUCAGCGGAAUCAGCUACUACGGGAUGGUCGGCUAUUGGGCAGCCAUGCAAAAGCCCCCACAUCUCACCUGCGUCCUGUCCUACGAGUCCCAAUGCAACAUGUACCACGCGGCGCGGAAGGGGGGCAUCUACAGUAACAAUUUCCAGUCGCAUUGGUUCAAUAAUAUUGUUCUUCCGUAUCAGGCGGGGAAGCAGGAUGGGUCGCGGACUGAUGAAGAGCUGGUGGCUAACAGGGUUGAUUUCCCCAAGUUGCUUGCUACGACCGAGUAUCCUGAUCAAUGCGUUUGGGCUGUGUUUGGCCGCGUGCGGAAACUCGAGGAUAUUGAAGUCCCCUUCUACCUAUCUGGGAACUGGACGGAUCCUGAACUGCACCUUGCGGGAAACAUUCGCGCAUUCAAUGGUAUUUCGUCGGAGUAUAAGUGGCUGGAGAUGCAUACGGGGAACCACCUCGGGGCCUUCUACGAACCGGAACACAUUGAGAUGCAGAGGAGGUUCCUCGACUACUUUCUCUUUGAUAAGAAGGAUAACGGGAUGCUCGAUGUGCCUCGUCUCCGUCUCCUUCAGCAACACGGCAAAGAUACACUCUACCGAGAGACUGAAACCGCGUUUCCUCCACCAGACGCAGAAGAUGCCGUCUUCUACCUAACGCCAGACCGGAACCUUUUACCAACAAACCCGGUUGGUGAGAACCGCACCACAUUCAAAACAAAAGGCUACGACCCCGAGUCCACGAAUCUUCAGUUCACCCUCGGAUCCCCCUUCCCGGAACCCUUCGAACUCCUCGGCUCCCCCUACCUCAACCUCGAAGUAAGCACAGCGGCCCAAGACCUCGACCUCUUCAUCUACCUCCGCGCCAUCGACGCCAACGGUGAACCCAUCAUCCUCUCCGGCAACCACGGCGAACCCAUGGACAGUUUUGCGCGGGGGUACUUCCGCCUCUCGCACCGGGACGAAGUUGCACGGAAUUUCUUGGAAAAGGGGGUCAUCGAUCAGCCUAAUGUCCCUCGAUCAGAGGUUACCCAGGGAAAGGUAUACAGGGUGCUAGUUCCCUUGUACCCGGCUGCAUUCUUGUUUGAUAAGGGUCAAUCUUUGAGUCUGGAGAUUGGGCAUGUGAAUACGCCAGCUACGAUUCCGCCGAUGAGGCAUGAGGGUGGGGAUCGGACUGCGGAGCGGUUUGCGGGGGAUAAUGUCAUUUUUUCGCAUGGGAGGUUGAUUUUGCCGCGGGUGCGGAGGUGA